AUGUCCGUUCCUUCUUAUAACUCUCCCUAUAAUCAAGGGCAUACUCAAGGCGAACAGUUCGAGGGUGACUAUCAGAGGGGAUCCGGUCCUAUAGCCCCCCCACACCACGUUCCAGUGAAUCAACAGCGUCAACAAUCAAAGCCUGGCCUUCAGCCACCUCAUUCGUUAAAUCCCAUUCCAGGAAUUACAAAGAGACUACGUCGACUGAGUAUAUCAUCAUCUUCAUCAAACAGCGCUUCGAAUACACCAUUAGCAAACUCUCCAGCUGUUAUGGAGGUAUCAAAAUUCUCUUCGCCUCCUUCGGCUAUUUCGCAAUCACCGAGAUUGGGAACUGAUCUGGAGACUGUGCGCUCAAAUUCUCCUUUACCCGAGUUGCCGAAAGACACCCCACCAGAGAUGAUUCCUGUACUUUCGUUACUAGCAGCUCAGCAAAACCGAGAAUAUUUCCGAGGUUACUUUAUGCUUUUAAAUGAUUUGACUUCGCAAGGAAAGUCUUCCUCAGAUAGAAAAUGGACAGAAGUGUUUGGCAAACUCACGGGAACUGUGUUGUCGAUUUGGGAUGCGGCCUCUUUGGAUGGAACUUUGGACGGCAAACCACCAACUCCUACUUAUAUUAAUAUCACUGAUUCUGCGUUCAAGUCGAUUCCUAAACUUCCCUCACCCAAUGGCGACCUGGACAAUAUCAUUGUUCUAUCUACGACAAUGAAGAAUCGUUAUUUAUUACAAUUUUCUGCUGUUAAGCAAUUUCACGAUUGGACCGCUGCACUUAGACUGUCUGUAUUUGAGUACCUCAGUCUCCAAGAAGCCUACACUGGAGCCCUACUAUCUGCUAAAGGUUCUAAACUAAAUGGUAUUCGUACUUUACUUAGCGAGACAAAGUUUCGCCAUGAAGAAUGGUGCCGUGUACGUUUUGGAGCUGGUAUGCCAUGGAAGAAGUGUUGGGCUGUUAUUACACCUCCUGAUAUGAAAAAGAAGAAGAAAAUGCCAUUACCUGGCACAAUUUCCUUUUAUGAAGAUCCAAAGCAUUCCAAGGGUGGCAGCCCUUUGGCUGUAGCCACUGCUGGUUAUGCUGCGUAUGCCAUUUAUCCUGAACGGUCUGUGCUUGUUAAUGGCUCUACUCUGAUUAAAAUCGACGGUAAGGUCAUUUUCAGUGAUUCGGAUGGCGAGAAGGAUACCGGUAUUUUCCUCAUGCCAGAGCAACACCCUGGUGUUGUUGGUUAUGAAACUCUUAUUCGAUUUUUGAUUCCUGUGCUUGAUGUUUUCAAAUUGUAUGGUAGGCCUCAUCGUUUGAACGCCGAUAAGUCUGACAUUAGAUCGCUUUUGUUUGGUAUGCCAACAUUACCCAGAUGUCAAUAUCUUGAUGUUGUCGAUCUCAGUUUACUAGUUGCAGUGUCUGGUAGCGACAAAUGGUCUGGCUAUGAAUGGACUAAAAAUAUUAAGGAAUUACUGGCUCGUAAAAUCUCCACAGGAUAUAGAGGUACUGGUUCUAUUCACCAAGUUAUUUCUACUUCUCCUUUGGGAAGUGAGGUGACUAUUCAAGAGCGCAGGGACAGGGCUGUUUCCAAUCCCAACCCUCCUGAUGCUAGAUUGAUUGCUAGUACCAAUGCUAUGAAUAAUGUUACUCCAGCGACCUCCUCUCCAUUAGUAAACACUACUCUUGCUGGUGCUAGUCCUAACUUGGGUGCCAUUAGCACAGCUCCUCUAGCUGUCCGUCAAGCUCCAAGCCCUCCUAAGCAAAAUAAUGCGCCCCUAAGACAACCACAACAACAGCAACCACCACAGGCACACCAGAUUGUGCCUCAGUCCCAAGCUAACGCACAUGCUGCUCAAAAUUCGCAGCCGAGAUACCCUGGCCAACAGGGACCAGGACCGAAUGCUGUCUAUGGAACCAAUUCUAACAGGAUGCCUCAACCAGCUGUACGCAACGCUCCACCACCACCACUUGGAGUCAACAAUCUAUCUGUUCCAAGAGGUAGUCAUGAGAGAAGUGCAUCAGAGGGACAAGAUCCUAAUAAUUUAAUGUCUACAGUAGGUCCUUCCACCCAGCCGCUUUCACCUUUGGUGGAUGAAUACCGAUCGGAGUUCCCUCCAAGACCGUCUUAUGAGCGAGGACCACCUUCUGGUUCUUCUGAGUCGUUUAUGACCGCAGAUGAUGAAGGACGAUCGAAUUCCAGGGCUGGAAUCAGAGAAGAACUUUUCGGAUCUCGAGAACCAAUUGAUUCUAUCAAUUCAAUUGGUGCGAGAAAUGUCCAUACAGGAUUUGAGGGAGCACCUCCUACUUCGCCAGUCAAAUCUCAAAACCCUCGUCAGCCUGCAUCUCCACCUAAACAGAGUCCCGUUCACCGACGUCCAGUAUCUUCGGAAAUCUCCCCUGCACCACAGCAGAAACCUGCUGUAAACAUGUUUGAUCCUACUGCUAAUACUUCACCAUCCAACUUGACAUACAACCAGCAACCUCCUCCAAGGGACCAAUUCUACCAGCCUCCUGCUAGAUCACAAUCUCCACGUCCUAGAUCGCCUUUGCAACCACCCUACCAUCAGCAACAGCCUAGAAGUCAAUCGCCUGCAGGUGUACGACCAACGGGCCAAUAUAUGGGACAACCUGCACCCCAACAGCAGCAGUAUCAACCCCCACGUGCUGUUGGUCAAGGACCCUCUCGUCCUUAUUCUCCUGGUCCAGGUGGUCCCGGUCGCCAGCAGCGUCCCCUCAAUCAACAACCAGUCCCUCAGAGACCCUACAAUGGACCUCGAAGUCCUGGAUAUCAACAGCAACAGCAACAGCAGCAGCAACAACAGCAGGCACAACAGUAUCCACAACAAGCCCAACAACAAGCCCAACAACAACAACAACAACAGGGACGUGGUUACCAACAACGCCAGCCUCCUCACGACCCUUAUGGACGUCGGACUCCUCCACCAUCGAUGUUUGGAAAUGCCCCACCCCAAUCCCCACAAUACCAGCAAUAA